CCCGUGCCCCCUUCCCCACAGCUUGCUGAUACAGCUGCAGGUUUUACUCUCUUAGCGUUGGAUAUGCCCAGCAAAGCCCUAUCAGAUCUCCAGCCACAGCCUGUUCUAUCAAUGAUGCAGCUCUUUGGAUGGGAUGACAUGGUGUGGCCUCAGCUGGUGUCAAGAUAUCUAAGUCACCUAAUUCAAAACAGUGCACUGUGUGAAGCUUUUUCUAGUAUGGGAUAUACAUCCUAUGAAGCUUUGACAGUACGUUCUUGGUUUCGAUGCGUCUUGCAAAUGUUCAUAGAUCAACCAAGUGGUACGCUGGCCAAGACAGAUGCUGAGCGAACAGUUGGGAAAGCCUAUAUGGAGCAGCUGGCUGAAAUGACAAGACUGAUUUUUAAACUCUCAGAAGUAGAAAACAUUCUUUCAAAGGCUCAUAUGGAAGAGUCAGUUUUCAAGCAAGACCCCAAAAAUGCUCUUGUCCAAUUCAUUAAGGCUGUUGGUAGAACUUACAGUGGCCUUCAGACACUCCCUGAGAAAUCUGCCAUGGUAGCAAAGAGUCUGGAGUAUUUAGGUGAUGUAUUAAAGUACGUAAAACCUUAUCUGAAGGUAAAAGGACCUCCUGAAGGUCUGCAACUUACAUAUUGGAUCAUAGGAUGUGUGGUAAAGUUCUGGGCACUGAUACUGGCUACUUCCAAAGCGCAACAACUCUUGUUCCGCAUCGUGGAUUGCUUAUUGCUGCCGCACUCUGUGCUCCAGCAGGACAAAGAGCUGCCUGGGGCUUUGCUGUCUGCCAUUCAGGAAAGCCUACCUCUUUAUCUUCAGGGCCUGUCCUUUAUAUGUUGUCAGUCUCAAACACAGGGUGCCUAUUUAAAUCAACUGCUUGGGAGCAUUAUUCAACAGUAUUUCGGACGAUUUCUCCCUUCUUCUCCGACUGCGCUUGGAGCCGGACAGCAUCCUAUGCUGACUGCUUUGUGCAGUUCCAUUACAGCUCCCCAGAUGCUCCGUCUACGGAAGACCACUCUGCAUAUCAUAAAUGAAAACUACCUGCAGUUCAAAGGGAAUGCUCCACCUCCUCGCUUGGCCUCAGUUCUUGCUUUCAUUCUUGAGGUACUUCAGAGAACCCAGAGCACUGAACCGUGUGACAUUGACUCAGUUCUCCCGGCCAUCUUGAAAUGCAUGGUACUGGUUAAUGAGCUACAAGUUAAAAAAAUAUCUACAGACAUUGUACAGUACAUGGUAGAAGGCUGCCAAGCAGGGUCAGGAGGAGAACGUGCCACCCAGCUGACUUCUGUAUUUAGGCAGUUUAUCCAGGACUAUGCUGCCGUGUAUGAUCACCGGGUUUUCAGCAUACUCGAAACACUGGCGGUCUGGGAUCAGACAUUAGUUACCGGCCUGAUUCCCACAAUCACCCAGUCUCUGAAGGAUUCGGAGCACAAACAAGGUCUCGGAAGAAAUGCUGCACAGAGAGAAGCCUAUAAAAGACUCUUAUCUUACCUCGCAGAGGCUGGACAAAAUGAGAUACAAAAACUGGAAAAUGAGACAGGUUAG